GGUUCCAACAGCUCGCACUUGAACGGGGUUCUCAAAAAAUUUCGACGAAUUUCCCGAGAAAUCGAAGUGCGCAUUAAACGAGUCGCUGUUGCCACAAGAGUUUUGCGAAAAUUAAUCGGAAUUUAUCCGAAGAUGCAACCCGUCAGAUACGCAAUCCGUAAAUAUUCCGUGUCGGCAGCACUGCGAAGCAAUGUUCUAUACAGGGAACCCAUUGCUCCAAUCGUCGGCAGGAAGCCUGCCUAUAUGAAGAAGGAGGAGGCCGUGCAGAUGAUCAAAUCUGGAGACAUAGUUUUCAUUCACGGAGCAGCUGCUACGCCUUUGACUCUGGUGGAAGCCAUGACGGAGUACGGCAAGAGGAUGAACCUGAGAAACGUGCAAGUCUGUCACAUUCAUACAGAAGGAAAGGCGCCAUACAUGGCGAAGGAUUGCGAGGGUAUAUUUCGCGGAAACUGCUUCUUCGUCGGGGCGAACAGCAGAGUAGCUGUGAACGACGGUCGGGCAGAUUUCGUGCCGAUUUUCCUCUCCGAAAUCCCACUUUUGUUUCAGAGACGAGCCAUAGAGCUGGACGUGGCCCUGAUUCAGGUAACUCCGCCCAAUGCGCAUGGGUUUUGCAGCCUCGGUACGAGCGUAGACUGCGUCAGGGCAGCGCUCACGAACGCGAGGAUAAUCAUAGGU